UGUAUGUAAACCUACCAAGUGAACAGCGUCCGUCCGAGAUCCUUCCUGUACACAGACAGCCACACACACAUGCACUGCACGCCAAGCAUCUGCCAACACUUACACACACAGCCUGCCUCGCAAAGCCAGUGAGUGCUGCACUCACUGCACAUGAGAUCGUCCACCCAGCCCAACGUAUACACACACAUUCCCCUACAGAUCUCAUCUCUGUCUGUCUGUCUUGUCUGCACCCUACCCACCCCACCCCCCCAGCUCCACCUUCCCCCUCCCUCACUGAGGCGUGUCCUGCCUGUUGAUGCUCAUGCUCCACCAGCUCAUGUCAUCCUCUAUUUGACCCGCCGCACCCUCGAUCAGCGAAUACAGUGUCUGCCUGUCCGGGUCUCCCCCGCUGGCCACCAUCUGCCGCUCGCCCCUCAGUCUGCUAUUCCGCAGCAUCGUGAAAAAGACCACCUCCUCGGCGGACAGGUCGGGGUGCCACAUGUCGAUGAUCAAGACGAACCGCGUCACGGGGCCGUCGUGCCACACCUCGUGGGAGAAGGAGUCGUCGAAGACAUAACACCGGCCCUGAGAGAGGAUGGAUGACACACACGCGUCACUUUAGAGGAAUGGAUGGAUGGAUUGAUGGACGCACAGACAUGUGUUUGUGCUGGCUGAUUGACCUCGGUGGGCGUGAUUGUCUGGUCACCGACACGCAGUCUGGUGCCCUCAAGACCCAUGAUCGGCUGCAGGCAGGCCAAACACACAAACAAAUCGACCGACCGGCACAUGGGCCAUCUUGCCUGGACUGGAUGCAUACGUACCAGGUGUAUUCUCAGUUUCUUGUUGGUGGGCCCGUUGUGAGCCCGGAUGUGGGUGCCGGGCGUCAUGGCACUGAACAGGGCGUGGCUGCAAUGCAGCCAUGCCACACACAUGACAUGACAUGACAUGACAUGGCAGACAGGGGCAGAAGACCCGGCAGACAGCGCCGCCCGCCUACCAGUAUUGCCUGGGGAUGCUCUGGAUGAACUCGACUGUCCGCGGGCACAGCGCCACGUUCUCAGGGAAGGGCUGCGGACAGCAGGACACACAGACAGACAGACAGACAGACAGACAGCACCAUGAAGUCAAACACCCCCGUGCUCCUCUGUCUGUCGUCACUCACCUGGUUGUGCAGCAGCAGAUACAGCACAUUCCAGUCGCCGCCCUCGUGGCUCGCCUGGCCGGGCACGCCAUCGCCUUCCGAUGAGGAGCUCGCGGCAUCAUUGCCAGCUCUCUGACGUAUCGGACCCCUGAGAGGGCACAAAAAACCCGUGUCGAGAACAACGGAGUCCAUUUCCAUGGUGCCUGCCUGACGCCUGGUCAUCUAUCUACCUGUAGGGCUGAAAAGUCUGUCUGCCUCUGAGGGCGAGGAGCUCCUCCUUUAUGACGGGAUGAAGGGCCUCCAGCUGGCUGAUGAACGGAAACAUAUCGGCGGGCCACACUGCGUACACACACAUUCACACACGACAAGGAGAGAACCAACCAACAUGUGUGUGUGUGCCACGCACGCCACGUCGUGUUGUGUUGUGUUGUGUGACCUGGUCUGGGGGUGAGUUGUGGGAUGAUCUCUGGGCAACCUCGCUGGGAGGGAUGGGGGUCCACAGGUCGACGAAUGCCCAUCUUCUGAAGCAACCUGACAUGGCAUACAGAGGGAGGGCGACGAACAUCCAUCCAUCCCUCCAUCCAUCCAUUGGCUGGAUGUCUCUAUUCAUCGCUCACCAGGCUCUCGCCCGUUCACACUGAUCGAAAGGGAACACACACACAGCACAGCACACCACACCAACUGGGUCAGCAAAGAAGUGCGUGUCCAUAUGACCGACCUUAUCGUUGCGGCCGUCAGCGAUGCACCUCCGCACGAACGAGCCGAAUGCGGCCCUAUGGAGCGGCGGGAGAAGGUACUCAUCCAUGACCUCCUCCAUCCUCCGCCGGACCCGCUCCUCCAGCGUGCCCAUGAGUUCUCUUCUCCACAAACGAACAGAUCUACUUCAUCCACAUGUUAUACUGACCCUCCUGUGCGUCAUCGGUCCCUCGGCAGCCAAGGGGAAG